CCUUACCGUUCUCUCUCGGGUUUCUUCCUCACUGGGUUCAAGUCGCGGCACCCCCUCUGCUGUUGGUUAGGCAAACGCUAUCGUUCUCUGAUUGCAGGCAGAGUAGGCUGGAACUUAGUCGAGCGAACUAGACGAGUAGCCAUGGCAAGCCGGCGACCUUAUGAGUGACACUGCAGGGCAUACCUCCUCCGGAACUCAACAUUUGUCUUGUCGAGUUCGUUCCGUAAUUCAAUGAUCUUCCCGACAGUCGUUGCUGAAUUCCCUCGCAAGCUUGUAGGCUCAGGGGGUAAUCUUACAGCACGCUGAUCAUCUCAACGACUCUUGCUAGUAUCUACUCGUAGUAAAGCACACUGCUUCGAUGCGACAAAAAUCACGCUGUCACACCCCCUCGUUUGUGCGUUUAAGGAUGUCUUUAUCGCCUAGAGUCGUUACUCGCGUUCAACGACGUAACCCCAUUUCGCAGUAUCGCCUAGAGUCGUCAUUCGUUUUCUGCUGAGCUGGCAACCACCAUGUGCGACGACGAGCCCAGAGGGGCUCCCCCAUCUCCCACGUCAGCAAUGAAACGGCCGUCACAUUCGUCAGCAUCUGCCUCUGCCACGUGGCACGCAUCGGCGAAUCGCCACUGCGCGCCGAGCUCGUUCGACACGGAAUCUGCAGAGCCCGUCAGGUGUAGCGGCGUGCCUGAACGGCAACGGUCUAGAAACCGCGUUCGCCGAAAUAGCAGUUUAAAUAGCUCUGAUCUGUAUUCGUCACACGCUAAGAGGAGCACCGCUGGAGUUACCGCACGAUGGGUGUACCUUCCGUUCAUCCUCGCUGCAGUCAUCUGCUUCGGUAUAGGAUUAUAUGUCCACAGUUCAGCAACAAGUCAGACCUUAGAAACCGCAGUCUUAGAUGGCCAGGUGCAGAUAGACUUUGGACAAAGGCAGCUGCAGAGCCGAGAGGUGAUAGUGAAAGAUGUGACUGUAUCGAAGAGGGACUCGACGCUCGUUAAGAAGUUACUGAAGCUGAAGGAAGGGUUGAUGGAGCGACGGGCGGCGCAGGUCCAAGGCGCGCUGCGAUGGCUGACGGAGGUCUCGGCCAAUCUUAGACCGCCUCUGCUGGCGUUCGUGACCGAUCGCCUGGAACGGGAUGCGGAGAAUGCCUACUUCUUCACCCUCGGCUCGGGCCUCAAGUCCCUGGGAUACGCCAUCGAGGUUAUUGCGCAGGAAGGAGGGCCUAUGGUGGAAGCGUGGAAGGGCCUGUCCACCCGUGUGACUAUAACGGGGCGUCACAACACGAGCUUAGAUCACAUUGACUGGCUAGACUAUCAAGGCGUUCUGGCCAACUCGCUAGAAGCCACUCCGUUUAUCGCCAAGUUGGGUCAAGAGCCCUUUACAGAGGUCCCUCUGGUGUGGAUCGUGCACGAGGCUGACGUGGCGGACAGGCUGGCAGCGUACGAGUCCAGUCAGCAGCUGCAGGGGCUGAGGCAGCAGUGGGUGGAGCUGUUCGCUCGGCCGGACGCGGUCGUAUUCCCCUGCAUAGCGCUAAAGGAGCGAUACCAAUCGCUGGACACUGGAAACUUCCUGGUGAUUCCCGGCUCGCCCACAUGGACGUACGCCGCAACCCGAUUCGCCGCCUCGCACGCGUCAGAGUCGGAGCGGGCGGCGCGUCAGAUCCCGCCUGACGCGUUCACUGUAGCGGUGGCGGGAAACCAGCGCGUGUACCAGGGGAAGUGGCGGGAAAGGGCCAUGGCUAUGCAUGCUGUGCAGUCGUUGGUUCAGCCGCCUGGCGUGGGGUGGGGCUCCCUGUGGGGUUGGAUGGGAGGGGAUGCGGGGAGAAAGGGAGGAGGGGAAGGAAGGAGCGGGGAGAGGGGAGGGGAAGGGAGUGGAGGGGAAGGGAGUGGAGGAAGGGGAGGGGGGGGAGGGGGACGUGGAGUUGGGGGAAGGGAGCAGAGAGGAGGAGGGAGAGGGAGAGGGAGAGGAGGGGAUGGGAAUCAGAAGGAGCGGGAAGGGGUUUCGGCAGUGGAGCGAGCGCACGUGGUUUUUAUGGGGAACUGGAACAGCUCAGGGGCACAGUCGCAGCUGGCAGUGCUAAAAGUGGUAGCGAAUCACCUGCUUAUAGCGAAUAUGACGUGGGGCGUGGGGGAGGCGGAGGGGGAGGAGGGGAUGGGGAUGCUUCUGGGGAGUGAUGUGGUGGUGUGGAGCUCGGUGGAGGAGGAAAGGGAGGUGAAUCCGCUGCUUGUUAAAGCGCUGGCGCUGGGGAAGGUGGUUGUGGCUCCUAAACUGAUCAAGAUAAGAGCAGAGUUGACCAGCAACGUGCACGCUCUUCUCUACGACCCCGGCAAGGAACCUUCCAUGAAGCAGGCGCUCCUGAAAGCCGCGUCGCUGUCGCAGUCUGACGCGCUCGCCAUGUCAGCAUCGGGCCGCGAGCUGUCAUUGGCCCUCGGCGCGCGCAGCGUAGUUAAGGAGGUAGCGAGGCUGCUAGAACGGGUCACGGAAGGCGGCGUGGGGAUUAGGAGCCCUAGGCCGGCGGAUUGGCUGUGGUGGGACAAGAAGCAGGGUUGGAUUGUGGAGGAAGGGGAGGCGGAGAUAGUGAGGGGAGGGGAGAGUGGGGGGAUUGGAGGGCGGAAAGUGAUACUGAAGGAAGGUGACGUUAAGGGGCGUGAAGUUCGAUUGAGGAGAACGGAAGAGGAGGCUGAGAGGGAGGGAGUGGUGGGGUUGGGAGAGAGUGAGGGCAGAAGAGGGGAGAAUACGAGAGGGGAAGGGAGACUCGAGAGGAGUGAGGGAGGUGGUGAGGAGAGUGAGGGAGGGAGUGAUAGGAGGAGUGUGAGGAGUGAGGGAGGGAGUGAUAGGAGGAGUGUAAGGAGUGUGGUGGUGCAGAUGGAGGAGGAGUGGCUAGCAGAGAAGAGGAAGGAGGCUGCGCUGGUGAUGGGGAAUAGGACGAGAGAGAGCAUGCUUAUGGAGGAGAUGGAUGAGGCGGACGCUGCAUGGGAGGGGGUGGCAGCAGGGGUAGGCGUGGGGAUGGGGGGAGGGGUAGGCACUGGGACGGAUCAAGGGGCAACGGCAGGGGAUGGGGGAGGGGCAGGGAGGGGAUCCGAAGCUGCAGCAGCAGCAGGAGCAGCAGGAGCAGCAGGAGCAGCAGCAGCAGAAGCAGAAGCAGCAGCAGCAGGAGCAGAAGCAGCAGCAGCAGAAGCAGCAGCAGCAGGAGCAGGAGCAGCAGGAGCAGGAGCAGGAGGAGCAGCAGGAGGGGAAGUGAGGCAAGGAACAUCCAAUUCAGAAGCUGGCAAGGGCAGUGGUGGUGCUGUCGGCGUGGUUGGGGGAGUGGGAGGGUCUGGUGCGGGAGGGCCGGGCAGGGGAAGGGAGGGGGCAAGAGGAGCAGCAACGGAGCUUGGGCUGAAGGCACCAGAGGAGCAAUUCGAAGCUGAUAACCUGUGGGAUCGCAGGGAGCACGAGUCGCUAUCCUGGGAGGAGGUGAAGGUGGGGGUGAAGAGAGCCGAGAGGAACGGGCUGCACGAGAGGGACGACGGCGACCUGGAGCGGUCCGGCCAGCCCAUCUGCAUCUACGAACCGUACUCUGGGAACGGAUCCUGGCCGUUCAUCCAUGACAAGGACACCCUGUACCGCGGGGUCAGCCUGUCUCGCUCCUCCCGCCGCCCCAACCUGUAUGACGACGUGAACGCGUGGGCGCGGCUGCCCAUGCUCUCGUCCCCCUACUACCGUGACGUGCUCUGCGACUUUGCAGCCAUGCUGUCGAUUAACUACCGCAUAGAUAGAGUGCACAGAAACCCAUGGAUUGGCUUUCAACCCUGGAGGGUACGGGCGGAGCGAGUGGGGCUCAGUGGUGCUGCGGAGAAGGCGCUCGUUGGGGCUAUAGAGGGGGGGACUUUAUCGGAUGUGGUAGUGUACUGGGUGAGUACUGUAGACCAGGUGGAGAUUCAUCGGGAGCCGAGGAGUGGGGCGUUGGGGGAGGAUGGGGAGAAGGUGGGGGGAGGGGGCGGAGGGGGAGGCGGAGGGGAGGGAGGGGGAGGAGGGGGAGAGAAGGGGGAUGGAGGAGGGGAGAAGGGGGGAGGAGAGGGGAAGGGCCGUGUGGGUGGACUGGAGGAGAGAGCAGGGGAUGAUUUCUGGACGACGUGCGACAUGAUGAAUCGGGGCAACUGCAGAGCUGCGUUUCUCGAGGCCAUGCGGCUGGUAUACACGCUACCGUCCAACUGGACCACUCUGCCGCCCAUGCCAGCUGGCGGGGGCACCUGGUCCGCCAUGCAUGCGUGGGCGAUGCCGUCCCAUAACUUUGUGGAGUUCAUGCUGUUUGCGCGCAUGUUCGUCGAUGCUCUUGAUGUGAAGUUCUACCACAGGCAUGCAGCCCACGGCAUAUGCCCCCUCGCUCAAAGCCACUCAGAGGAGAGGCACUGCUACUGCCGCCUGCUCGACAGGCUGGUGAAUGUGUGGGCGUACCACAGCCGAAAGAAGAUGCUUCUCUUAAAUCCCCACACCGGCGCGCUUAAAGAGCAACACCCGGUUCCCACCCGCUCUAAGUCCCGCUCCCGCCGCGCCUGGUUCCAGUGGUUUUCUCGCCCGGUACUUAAAGCCAUGGAGGAGGAACGAGCGGAAGAGACGGACGACCCCGCCCACGCGAUCAACGGGCGGCGGUGGCUGUGGCCGCACCUGGGGGAGGUUCAAUGGUCAGGAUCGAUCGAGAGGGAUCGGAUGCUGAAGUUGUGGCAGAAGGGGCAGAAGGAGAGGAGGAAGAAGGAGAGGCUGGCGAGAAUGAGGGUGAGAUAUAAGCAGGAGGCCUUGGGAGGGCCGGUGGUUAAGACACUAGGGGAGGUUGGGGGGGUGGGGAUGAAUGGGAGUGUAGUGGGAGGAAGUGGUAGCAGGAGAAGUAGCAGCGGCGGCGGCAGCAAUGAGAAACGUACGUCUAGAUUGGAGAAUCGGCAGGAGGAAGGUAGCGACUUGUCUCAAGACGACAAUAAAGAGGAUAGCGAUGUGUAGGUGGAAACACAAGGCUGAAUCAGGUGGUAGGAGAGUAUGACACUAGCUGUAGAUGUUCAUUUUGCUUUCAAGACUCUAACACACAAAGAAGGUUCAUACAAAUGG